AUGUCGAACGAAACAAUCGGCUUGAUGCGCGAUCACAAACGAUCCGACCCGAAAGGAACGAAAAUUUCAAAACUCUGCCGUCGAAGAUUGAUGGAACUGGCAUCAAGAAAGCAAUAUGAGCCAAAAUGGGUGGCAAAAGUUGAUGCUCAGAUUCCUUGGGUCGUCGAGACGCUCAAAAGAGUUGGCGAAAACGGAACCAAACCGAUCGACACAUUUUCCUAUACGAUGCCCGCUGCCUUGACCGUCGUCCUUGAUUUUGCACUCGACAUUGACUUGUCCAAGCACACAGAUUACCGGGACAGAAUCUGCUUGUACGCGAACAACGCCCUUGAAAGCGUAGUAAAGCUGGACAAGUACAAACUGUUCUUCAUUCAUCUUCCGAGCUGGCUUCGUGCUUGGAUACCUUUGCGAUUUUGGCCGGAUUGGGUCGCUUACCAACAGGGACUAUACGAUGAUAUUCUGGACUUGCAAGAAAUGCACAAUAAAAACUGGUCUCUCGGCGACGAAACUGAAAGUCUCUUGGCGAUCCUUCAAACCGAUCAAGCUCAAGGAAAGAUGGAAGAAUGGGAUGUUAUAAAUCUGAUCCAGCAACUUUGCAUGACUGGGGCAGAUACGACCGCUUCCGUCACCUCUGGAAUCAUGAUGAAUCUCGCCCGCUUCCCAGCUGUCCAGGAAAAGCUCUACAAAAUCCUCGAGUCUCAAAACUUUCGCGCCGACGAGUUCAAGGAAUGCCCCUACUUGCUCGCCACAAUUUACGAGAUCUACAGAUACUGCCCGAUGAUCUACAGAAGUUUGCUGCACAGUAUUACCGAGAAAACAGAAAUCCUUGGGGAGACUUUCGAAAAGGACGAAUUUAUUUGCUUCAGCAUUACCGGAGCAAACAUGAAUGAGAAAUAUUUCAAGGACCCUUGGAAAUUCAAUCCAGACAGGCAUCUGAACGAAGAUGGAGAGUUCCAAAAGUCGCCAUAUCAGCACCCUUUCAACACUGGCAAACGAUCCUGCCCCGGACAGAUUUUGGCCGACAUCGAGCUGUUUCAUUUCAUGAAGCAUUUCAUCAAACAUUUUGAAUUCAAACUGCACCCUGACCAUCCAAUGCCCGUGGUCGAAAGCGAAGAAGGCUGGAACAGCUUCUGGACGCGACAACCUCACCACGCGCCGAUGCACCACUUCCUCCAGCCAAAAGAGCGCAAGUUCCUGCUUGUUCCACGCGACAACUGA